AGGGUGGUGCUUCCUCUUCGGGGUCUUCGCCCUUUCCACCUCUCUUCUUCGUACCAGCACGCGUAUCACGCUUUACCUAGUCUUUUGUCUUUUCGCUUCCAACUGCACAAGGGAAGAAAAGGCAAUAGUUCCUUCCCCCUCCCCCCCCCCCUCCUUCUUUUCAUAGACUGCGCAUCUCUCCGUUGUUCGAAAUCAAACGUAUCUGCAGGCGAUGCUCCUGCGUAGACGGUUCGGUACAGACGGCGGUGCGUCCCUGUGCGUGCUGCGUGCUGCCCUGCGCCACACCAGCUCCUCCAACAACAACAACGACAAAAACAACGACGGUAGCGCUGGUAACAAGGGAGAUGGGCAUCGCCGUCAGCUCUUCCAGUCUGCACCCAAUAGCCCGUUCCCACCGCGUGAGGAGAGCUGGGCUACUCCCGGUGCUCCAACGAGCUCCUCCAGCGCGUCUGCCUCGGCGGGUUUUAAAGGCUGGAAGCGGUUUGACCUUGCUCGUGACGCAGACGUCACUACCACUGCUGCUACCGGCUCUACCGAAGCCCUACCGCCUCCCGACACCUCUGCUCACUCCGUUGUGGACCAAAAGCGUGCGCAGGAGGAAGCCCAUCGCCGUGCCGCCUCUGCGCGCUUGGCGGACAUGUUUGUGGAGAGCGAACGGCAUGUUCAGUGGAUACAGGAGCAGCACCAACGAGCCGCGCCGUCGCAACACUAUCAGGAGGACGUCUCCUCGGUGCGUCGUGUGGUGCCACAGCAGCAGCAACAACAGGCGACGGCCGCUGUAGUCCGCAGCAACAUCCCAAACUAUGCCUACGAUGAAGACAGCGACGGUGUGACAUCACCGGAAGGCGCCAUCGCUGCCCUCGCCCCCGCCACCCCCACCGAUGUCCUGGAGCAGGAGCUCCUCGACGACAACUUUCUCUACUACCCAUCAUCCCCUGCGCUGCGGCACGGAGACGGCAUCGCCACGGCCGCCGCUGAUCCGCCGUGCCCCGACCCUGCAAAGGAGCGCUACGUGCCGGGGCAGCAAAUUAUUCCUCCCGGUUUCACGCGGUACCGCGUGGAGGUGCAGUAUCAGGGCAGCGACUUCGAUGGGUGGUAUAAGUCUGUCCAGCGCACCCGGCCACCGAUGAAGUCGGAGGGCAGCCGCACCAACGACCUCGCAGAGGGCGGCUCGCGCCAUUACGCGCGGACGGUACUGGAGGAGGCGUUAGCUGUCGCGUUGGAUGUCGCCUCCGUGACCGUCGUGGCGGCGGCCAUCCCAGAGACCGGCGUGUCGGUGCGUCGGCUGACGUGUCACGUGGACGUCGCCUCAGAGGUGGAGCUGCAGCCUCGCACCAUUCUGCAGCGGGCAACGCUGUGGCUGCACCAGCGCCAUCAGCCCCUCGCCUUCCUGAGCUGCCACCCGUGCGCGAACCAGAACUUUCACGCUCGGCACAGCGGGGUGCGACGAGUUUACUGCUACCGCAUCUUGAACCGAAUUGCGCCACCUUUGUUCGAUGCGGGGCUGCAGUGGCACGUCGACCGCUACCUCGAUGUGGCCCGCAUGCAGCGCAUGGCGAAAGCGCUGGAAGGCACACACGACUACGGAUACUUCGCGGAUCCGAAGAUGGCGAACGCGCUGCGACGAGCGGCCGCGCACACCGGCGGUGGCCCGGUCGUAUCGUCCGCCUACAGCCCGGAGCACGAGCCGCUGCUGAGCCAUGGCCUCCUGCACGGCCAGGUGCCUGCUGCGCCGAAGGUGGCGAUCGACCGCGGCCUCUCGCAGCUCGAGCGGGCAGCAGCGCUGCCGACCUUCAACGAGUACGGCCAGCGCGUCGUGACCUACCAAGCGAAGCCGCGCGAGUACUUUAAGGCCCACACAAACCUCCCCACGGUGCGCACCGUCGACAAAAUUGACGUCGUGCGGCAGGAGGACGAGGUGCUCAUUUGGUUCGUCGGGCGAUCAUUUCUGCGGCAUCAGAUCCGCAACAUGGUGGCGGUGCUGAAGGCUGGCGGCCACGGAUUGUGGGAUGACCAGGAGCUGCAGCAUGCCUUGCAGAGCGGGUUUGAGGUGUCGCGGAAGAAGUUCGCGCGCGAGCGGCUGCCGGCUGCCCCGGUGCACGGCCUCACCCUGUGGGACGUGGAGUACCCUGCGCAGCACGCGGCUGAUUAUGUGCCGUACGUGGAUGCCGGACCCUACGAGCCGCUCGACGUCUCGGCACAGCAUUGA